AUGUCUAUGAUCUUCGAGGAAUACCAGGAAAAGGGAUCGGUUGACUCGUUCAAUGCCAGCCUUAGCACCGUGUACACGAGACUUGAGCAAAUUCGCCGAUCGGUUGGCCAAUGUCCAGAUGAGAUCCUUGCGCUGAAGAAUGAAGUCACCGACCUGAAGGUUCUUCUCCCAGACAUUGUGGGCAGGAAUAAUGAUGUCGAACAUGGUCGAUGCCAUCGCCCACUGCCUGCCAUCUCGAGGAUCCUCAUCCAUCUCGAAGAAAUUCUGCCUCGGGUCGAUGAUGCCGCACGAGCAUAUCUCAGUGCCAUGGGUACCCCAACGACGUUAUUAGGUCGUGCGACGAAAGCACAUCGUCGGCAAAAGUUGCGUGAGCUUGCGUCGUUGCUACACCAGAUUCGCCCGCUGCGGGAGCAGCUGAGAAAAGCUAUUGCGUCUGCUUCCGGACUUGUUCGAGUCGACCUGGCCCUUCUUGACGUUUCACGAGCUGAGAGAGCAACGACCGUGGCAAGGGAAAGGAGACAGAUCGACACGGCUCAAGGGGCACAAUGCAAGACUCGAGAAAUCAAUCAGCCAUUCAUGCUGAGAGACAACCUUCAGCUCCAGAAGACAGCACAAGACCACGUGUCUGCUAACGAGACCUUCGGUGCGCGGGCUACUUCUCUGGUCACAUUGCCGCCGAACAUGGCAUUCCAGAUGGACACCAUCAGUCCGUGGGACUCGUCUAUCUCUCACAUCGGCGUAACAGUCUCUCGCUACGGCCCAGACUCGUGCAAAAUAUGGUGUAGCUGCGUCUGUCACCAAAAGUGCUCGGUUAAUACGCCUCAGAUAUUCCAAGGCGUCUUCGGAAGUCUCUUCCUGGGUUACUCUGGUCUACCGUUGGGCCGACAAAAAUGCUCCAAAGCAUCCUGCACCCGCAACACUACCUUCAGCGUCAAAGCCACGUACCACUUCCCCUCGUGGUACUUUUCCCGCGCCGUCUCCCUGGGCAUUGUCAACACCCUCUCCAAAGUCUCCAUCCAUAUUUCACUACGCACCGUCGUCCAACGCUCUGAGCUCUUCAUCUUUGCAGCCCAAGGUAAUGUGCUAGCUGCGCGGGACAUACUCUCAAAGAAGCUCGCCCAUCCAGACGAGGUACACACAAAUUUCGGAAAUACGGCCUUACACUAUGCCAUCGACUUUGGCCAUCCGGAGAUCUGUGAGCUCCUCCUCCACGCCGGCGCGGACCCGACAAUCGAAAACAGUGUGGGCAGCUCCGCCGUGGACAAAGCGUGGACCGUCAUCCUCACGCAACCGGAGAAUUCCCCUCUCGCAGAGAAUUUCAAACGACUCUUCGGGUCAGGUGACGUCCUUGACGAAAAGGGCUUUUCUGUGAUUCACAAAUGCCUCCUCGGUCUCCUUCGCGUUAAAUUGCAGAAACUUCUCGAGUCUCGUGCCGCGGACGUCGACGCCGUGGAUACCGAGAACCGCACUGCUCUAUCGUGGGCAGCGCAGAGGGGCGACGUGAAGAGUGUGGCCCAGCUUCUCCGUCACGAUGCCGACCCCAACAUCUGCUCCAAAUUCAAGGCGUCCCCAUUGCACUAUGCACUGCGGAGCAAAUCUCCCGAAUGUGUUCGUCUGCUCGUCAAGGCCCGCGCAUCAGUAUCUUCCUGCGAUUGGGGCGGCUGGCCACCCGUGCACACCGCGGCGAUGAAUCAAGACGACCCGGCCUACAUGCUGGCUUUGAUCAACGGCGGCGCGGACGUGAAUGCCAUGGUGUCUCCUCCAAGCAGCGCGUCUGUUGGUGGAAGCGGUAGUAGUAGUCGAGGGAAGACGGCCCUGCACCGCGCUGCUCUGAACAACCGGUCGCGAAUGGUGACAUGUCUACUGGACCACGGAGCGCGGAUCGAUCAACAAAGCGCGGGCGGCUCGACCCCACUAAUGGAAGCAAUCGAUUACGAUAGUGUGAAUGUGAUUAGGGUGUUGAUGAGGAGAGGCGCAGACUACACCAUUGGUGAUGACGUGGGGCAGUCGAUUCUUCACCGUGUCGCGUCUAAGGGGAGUAUGAAGGCGUUGGACGUGCUUGCGAAUGGAGGGUUCGAUUUGUCGCAACUAAACCCCGAGAAACAGGAUGCCUUUGGCUACACAGCACGAGACAUUUUACACGGGGCCACGAGUAUUGCUUUGAGCGAGGAGUUUGUGCGAGCGAUGAAGGACUGGCUUGCGGUCCUGAUGAAGCGACGAAAUGAACAGUCUCCUCGACCUCGUCCCUGUCCCGGUGACGAAAACGAAGCCGAAGAAUCAUCAGAUCUGGACAGUGCCGACGAGUUUUUUGAAGCUCAAGAGAAUCUGGCAAUCCUUUGA